AUGAUUAUGGAUUCUAAUUUCAGCAUUCACAGAAUUACGUUUGAAAAUGUCUGGGUUGCUCCCGUUGUUGCUCCCUUUGCUCCCGUUGUUGCUCCCGUUGCUGCAUGUUUGCCUGUCUCGCCUUCUUUGGCAGACAGUUUGCGUUCGUCUAUCUCCUGUCUGUCUUUGGGAGCAGACAAUAUGGAAAUUGAUUCUGUUGUGUCUGGUGUUCCCUCUUUCUGGUCUUUGACCUUGCCGUCCUCUUCUUUCUUGUUUCCUCUCUUGGAACAAGACAGUGACGUUUCCCCUUCCGCUGCUGUUGCUCGGGCCCUUGCGCCAUUUGCUGCUGGUGGCGCUUUGUUUUCUGGUUCCUUGUCUUUGUCUCCUCGUCCUGUCAAGCCUUGUUUGUCAGAUGAAAUAGACCUUGACGAUGUUGAACCUGUCUCUGCUGAAGGUAGUGCGGUUGCUCCUGUUGUGCCUGUUGUGCCUCUCUCGGAAGUUGCUUUCGUUGUUCCUGUUUCGCCUUCUACGGCCGACAGUUUUCCUUCGUCUCUCUCUUGUUCUUCUUUGGGAGAUGACAAUAUGGAAAUUGAUCCUGUUGUGCCUCGAGUUGGCUCAUUCUGGUCUUUGACCUUUUCGGCGUCUUCUUUCUUGUUUCCUCUCUUGGAACAAGAUAAUGACGUUUCCCCUUCCGCUGCUGUUGCUCGGGCCCUUGCGCCUUUUGCUGCUGGUGGCGCUUUGUUGUCCGGUUCUUUGUCUUUUGCUCCUUGUCCAGUCGAGCCUUCUUUGGAAGAUGAAAUGGACCUGGACGAGGUUGAACCUGCGUCUGCUGUGGGUUUUGCAGUUGCUCCUGUUGCUUUUGGAGGUGGUUUGUGUGGCUCCUUUUCUUCGUGGGCGGUGGGCAAGCCACAUUACGCCGAGUUUAACUCUGUCGUGCCUGUUGGGGUGGACUUUGGGUUUUCUGGUUGUACGUGA